GGAAAAUCUCAGCGCUGGAAUGUGGCCGAGUUGGAUUUUAAGACAAAUGGAAUGACAGGUUUAACUGAGAAAAAAAAGGUGAGCAGGCACACAGCAUGCUGAGGGAGACGGAGGAAGGCUGUCAGUGAAGCCCCCGGGAUUCUUCAUUGUUGCUUGUAGGCUUUACUGAACUGACUGGGAUUCUGAGAACAAUACGUUGUUGGACACUCACCAAGAAUCAGAUCUGCAAUGAGCUACAGGUCACAAGAGCGAGGAGGCAUCCUCCAGCCAGGCGAGAAGAUUUCUAAACCCAGUGGCAGGUCCAUUUACGAACAGAGGAAGAAAUAUUCCAACACCAAUUUUAUAAUGGAUGAUCAGUCCCAGUACUACGUGAAUCAUCUGACCACCUUCCCUCUGGGUCCUGGCGAGGAGACCCAGACUGUGGAGGAGUCUAUUAGGAAGCUGAAGAGCUUGGACAGCAAGGGAAGGAUCUGGACACAGGAAAUGUUGCUACAAGUCAACAGCUCGGCCGUCAGUCUGGUGGACAUCGAGUCCAAGGAUGAGUUGGAGAACUACCCUCUAACAGCCAUUGAGCAUUGCGACUCACUGCUGAACAGCUGGCGGUAUAACUCCAUUCUGAUCCUAGUCUGUAAGGAGGCUGACCAAGCUAAACCCGACAUCCACUUCUUCCAGUGCUCCGAGGUUGGGGCUGACCUGAUUAAGUCCGACAUCAACAGUGCGAUCACAGACAUGAAGAGUGGAAGGGCUGAGAGACCGAACGCCCUCAGACUGAACCAGGAGAAGAUGAAUGAACAAAACAACUUGCCCCCCUCUCCUCCCCCAAAGAUGGCUCCCAAAGCUCCAGUAACCUACAACCCCAUGAGCAAGGCUCAAGGCCUCUCACCUGCUCCACAAUCGCUGCCAAUGACAUCGGGUGUCGUCGAAUCUAACGGAACUGGUAGGACCAUCGUGGACACGGUGGAGCAGAGGACAGCGCGUGACGUGGCAAUCCUGAACCACACUUUCGACGACAUCGAAGGUUUUAUGGCAAGGCUCCAGAAAACAGCGGAGGCUUUCAAGGUUCUGGACCAGAGGAAGAAGAGCAGAAUGGGCAGGAAGAAGACCCCAAAGGAAAGUGGGGAGGGUCUCCUGACCUUGCGGGCUCGACCUCCAAGCCAAGAGGAAUUUGUCGAAGCCUUUCAGAAGUACAAGUACUCCUUUAGUCUCCUGGCACGAGUGAAGAACCACAUUGUCAACCCCAGCGCCACCGAACUCAUCCACUUCCUGUUUGGACCCCUGGACACGAUGAUCCAGACGGCAGGUUUGGAGGUUGCCAGGUCGGUGGCCGUCCCGUUCCUGACCAACGACGCCAUCCACCUGCUGAGUGACACCCUGAACGAGGCAGAGAAGGCACAGUGGGAGUCGCUGGGUGAAUACUGGACCAAGCCAAGGUUGGAAUGGCCUCCCGAUCACUGGGGUAGUCCCUACAACAUCCAGUUCAGGUCAGGCUGGAUCCCCGAUGACAUCGACCCCAACGGAGUCCCGUGGGAGGAUCCUGUGGAGCUACAGCACAAGCACGAGUUUCUCCGGAUGCAGCAAUCUGGCCCUCAGACAGUCCCCAUUAAACAGACCAAUGGGAAUCACGAGGAUCCAGUGAAGAAGAGGAGGUGCAGCUAUGACUUUGUGGCUCGAAACAGCAGUGAACUCUCGGUGUUAAGUGGGGAAGUGGUGGAGGUGUUGGACGACUCCAAGCGGUGGUGGAAGGUGAUGAACCAGAGUGGCCAGAUCGGAUACAUCCCCUUCAACAUCCUGGAGCCUCUCCCCAUGCAAGAUGUCGUAGAUAACUCCAGCCUGUAUGCACAGGUAGUUCCCAAGGAGGGUCGACAGAAGGCCAAGGGCACCCCCCCGCCGACACCCCAGAAGAAGAUGAUGCUGCCACCCAUCAACACCCCAACGUCCUGGGACCCUGAUGCCCUCGGGGUGACACAGAAGGAGAAAGAGCGUAAUUCCCAGAUUAACAUAAUGAACGAGGAGCUGCUGUUGAGAAUAGCAAAUGGGCGGACAGCACAACCCAAGACCUUCCAUGUACAGAAGACGCUGGACACCUCUGUACCCCUGGAUUACAGUUCCUCCCCAAGUGAAGUCAGGACUUGGUUGGAGGCCAAGGGUUUUAACCAAAUGACGGUGAAGUCACUCGGGAUCCUGACCGGAGCUCAGCUUUUCUCACUUCAGAAGGAAGAGUUGAGAUCAGUGAGUCCAGAAGAAGGGGCCAGGGUCUACAGUCAGAUCAUGGUUCACAGGUCACUGCUUGAGGAAAAUCGGAGUAUAACAGAGUUGGAAGCCAUUAUGGAGAAACAGAAGAAAAAAGUGGAUUCUGAAAUAAAAAUGUCCACUUUGUGAGGAGAGGACAACAGAGACUUUAUUUCUUCAGGCAACUCUUUGGACACCACAAGUAGGCAUGCAAAAGUGCCAUAUUAGUACUAUAGGCUCCAUAUUACCCGGAGAGAUUGUACAUAGGAUGUAGAAUGACUUCCAGUUCCAUAUUUAUCGUCUUUGAUAAGAAAAAGCCAUUUUAGGGAUGAAGUUGUACAGAUUUGAAAUUGACGUCAUUGCAAGUAGAAGAUGGCCACCUCUCUAUUGCAACGAAAGGUUGAAGAUCUGGGGCGUGGGGAAGGUGGACCCAGUCAGCAGUUUUGAACAAAAGGAACUAAUAUUUCUCACAAGCUUUCCUUUGGGGUUGGACCACUUCAUCCUCAUUGUCCUAUGAGAGCUCAUAAAUAUCCAAAUGGAGACCUUAGACCCACUGGAGGGUUGACAAAGAGAGAAGAUAGGGAGGUAUGUGCGGCAACUUUUCAAAGAAUGGCAAGGAGGAAACCAGGGGAAUAAUUUAUGGGCCAUUGUAACAGCUUUUUGAUAAGGUUUGGAUAUUUUCUUCAGUUAGUUACAUGGAUACUUGCAUGCUGCCUGUAUACACAACGGCUCUGUUAGUCUUGCCCAAAGCUUUGAAGCAAGGUAGGGUUGAUGUGGGUUUCUGCUGAUUCCUGUUGUAAACAACCAAAGUCUUUCCAACCAAGGGGAACAGGACUGUGCAUGGUUGUGAGGAAGGGCUGUUCACAGGAGCACAGACUGCCUCCGCCCCGUUACCAUUACAUAUGCUCAGGUUGUGGGUAGGUGAGAAAUGUCUCCCUACAAAAGUGACCAGUUUUUACUCUCAUGCAGGCCCAGAGAACUAACCCCUGUGCCGAGCUUGGGGCUGUGUGUGUGCAGUCCUGUCAGUAGUUAAGUUUCGCCUUCCAUGUCUCCCCUGACGAUGAAGCCCGUCACUUCUCCAGUGCAUCAGUGUGAGCACCCCUCGCCCACCAACCCCCGCCCCUCCCUUCGCAUUUUGUCUGGCGUAUGGCAAGGCGACAUGAAUCGCCUGCCCCUUGCAAUCCUUUAGCCACAGUGAUCCGCAUCGUCAAGGAGUUGAUGAGGUGGUGUUAGGAAACGAUGGUCUCUGGUCCAAGCAGCAAUGAUAUCCCCGACUGCUUGACACCAAGGAGUUAAGUCGGAUAUGGACAGAUGUUCCUGGUCAGCACUGUGGGCCCAUCACCACGUAACCUGUUGGUAUCCUGGACUCACCAAAAGUGAACCAUAAAAAAUGGGGGAGAGGGUCAUCUCACAAUGGAUACCAAUUACACCUCCAUGGAAGUGGGGAGUGGUCAACCAGUAGGUUGUCCUCCAGCAGACCCUCCCGCUCCUCGCCUUUGGCAGAGGCUCACUGGGGCUUCCAACCCUCCCCACUGACUGCAGGGAGGGCACAAGGACCACACAUCCAGGCGUGGGAUCUGUCCCGAAGGACGGAUGUGAGCAUUCACAGCACUAGAGAAGGCACGGACAGAGUUAGGUGGAAACGUGGGAAUUUAGGGAUGGAAAGGGAGACGAAAUCAGAUCUAAUCAUACUGCUGAAUGGGGCAGGUAGGAGGCGGCCACAUUCUUCUCCAGCUCCUGUGUUACUGAGAUAUUUUAUUUUCCAUAUUUAUUAAUAAGCUCACAAUUAGAACAUUAGAAUGCAGUGGUGAUAGUCACUUGCUGUAAGAUGAAGUCUCUUUGCUUGCUGCUUUAUGACAUGGCUUUGACCCUUCACCACUGAAGCCCAGGGUCACCCUGAGUGACGAUGAACAGAUCGCCAUUAGUUUAUCCAAAUGCUGCUAUUUAUGUUUUCACUUUAGAAUUAGUAAAGUCGUUCUGGGCAAUGUGCACCCUUCUGUGUAAUGUCAAUAAACCUCCAGCCAUCAAAGUGUGCUGCCUUUAGUUUUACAUCACUCUAAUGGAUAUCCUGUCAUUCAUUUGCUUUCCUUCUCUGGGCAAUGAAACAAUAUUGUAGUAAUGUAUAUAAAAUAUCCAGUUAUAUAUAUUGUGUAAAACUGAAUGCAUAUGGAUGUUCUCCUCCGAGCCAGCAGGAGUAACGGGUCUUAUCUUCUGACAGCGUCUUGUUCUUUGGCAGAUGGCAUUUUGGUUGAUCUCUGUAAGAUUUGCAUUUGCAGACAUGUGCAUUCAACAGGCUUGAAGAAAAUUAAUAA